AUGGCAACCCUCGGAGCCAAUCUGGAUGCCAACAUGGACAUCCGCAGUAUCAACACGGUCAUUAUGAUGGCAUGGGCCGAGGAUACAGCCAUAAUCAGUUCCAUAAUCAUGGCCAUGACCAUUGCGAUAUGUGUCGGCGGGCUUCCAUGCGGCACACAGGAAGCCGAGAAUAUCGACAAAUGUGUCAACAUAGACCACAAUGUCAUCGACACCAGGAUUGCCGACAUUGCUGCGGACGACGGAAUGACUACAGCAGCGACAGCGACAGUGAUGACAGUUGUUAUGAUUAUGUUCGACCUGGACGUCCACAACCCGUCACAGAUGCAGCAGAGAUAUCAACAAAUGCCACCACCACAACAGGGACAGGGUCAGUACCAACCUCCACAGGAACAGCAACAACAACAACAACAGCCGCCGCCGCAACAGAAACCACCACCUCCGGAGCUAGAAGAAUUGCGUAAAAAUGUUUUCAAAGGCAUCAAGGAAUUCAGCAAAAGCCUAAAGAAACAACAAUGGUGUGGCGAUAUGGAUUAUGUACGAAGUACUCGCAAGGUGAAGCAUGGACACAAAGAUGAGUCAUUGGAGGACCACAGAAAACAAUCGAGGCGUCGUGACUGGAUCCAGCACUACUAA